GUGUCCCGCGCGGCGGCGCUGACGUCAGGGCGGAGCGAGAAGGAGCCGCCGCCGCCGCCGUGCGGGCACUGCCGCUAUUUGAGGUGCGGGGCGGGCGCGUAGCCCCGCUGCGCCACCGCCACCGGAACCGCGGGGCCCGGACCCUCCGCACCCCCCCCACCCCCCGGACCCCCAUCCCGGACCCCGCCUCGACCCCCCCUUCCCGGGACCCUCUGCACCACCCCCCCUCUGGACCCUCCGUUCAUCCCCCCCGGGCCCCUCCGCUCUCUCCUGCCCCCCGGCCGCACCAUGCGCAUUGCCCCGGCAUUGCUCCUCGCUCUCGCCCUGCGGGUCUACGCGCUGGACACCGAGACACCCGCCGCUGGCUGCACCUUUGAGGAGGACGGAGACCUGAACCAGUGCGAGUACAGCCACGGGGAGGACGAUGACUUCGGGUGGGAGCUCAUCCGCAGCUACAUGAUGCCACAUCUGACGACUGACCUGCCCCACGGCUCCUACCUGAUGGUGAACUCCUCGCAGCACGCCCCGGGCCAGAAAGCUCACCUGCUUUUCCAGGCGCUGAGUGAGAAUGACACCCAUUGCCUCCAGUUCAGCUACUUCAUGUACAGCCGGGACGGCCACAGCCCCGGCACCCUCAGUGCCUAUGUGCGGGUGACGGGGGGCCCGGUGGGCAGUGCUGUCUGGAAUGCCUCCGGCUCCCAUGGGCGACAGUGGCACCAGGCAGAGUUGGCCGUCAGCUUGUUCUGGCCCAAUGAGUACCAGGUCCUCUUUGAAGCGGUGGUCUCCAGCGAGCGCAGGGGUUAUCUUGGCUUGGAUGAUAUUUUGCUCCUGAAUUAUCCGUGCUCCAAAGCUCCUCAUUUCUCUCGCCUGGGCGACGUGGAGGUCAAUGCUGGACAGAAUGCCACCUUCCAGUGCGUGGCUGCUGGCAAAGCUGCCGAGGCCGAGCGGUUCCUCAUGCAGAGGCAGAGCGGCGACGUGGUCCCUGCCGCCUCGGUGAAGCACAUCAGCCACCGGCGCUUCCUGGCCACCUUCCAGCUGGACGAGGUGUCCAAGGAGGAGCAGGACCUCUACCGCUGCGUCACCCAGUCCAGCCGCGGCGCCGGCGUCUCCAACUUCGCCGAGCUCAUCGUGAAAGAGCCCCCAACACCCAUUGCACCCCCUCAGCUCCUCCGGGCUGGCUCCACCUACCUCAUCAUCCAACUCAACACCAACUCCAUCAUCGGCGACGGCCCCAUCGUGCGCAAGGAGAUCGAGUACCGCAUGACCUCGGGGCCCUGGUCGGAGGUCCACGCUGUCAACAUGCAGACCUACAAGCUCUGGCACUUGGAUCCCGACACGGAGUAUGAGAUCAGCGUCCUGCUCACCCGGCCUGGCGAGGGGGGCACUGGCAAACCGGGGCCACCCCUCAUCAGCCGCACCAAGUGUGCAGAGCCCAUGCGGGCCCCCAAAGGCCUGGCUUUCUCCGAGAUCCAGUCCCGGCAGCUGACGUUGCAGUGGGAGCCGCUGGGCUACAACCUGACCCGCUGUCACACCUACACCCUCUCCCUCUGCUACCGCUAUUUCGUGGGCACCGGCCACAACCAAACCUUCCAGGAGUGCGUGAAGAUGGAGCGCAACGCCAACCGCUACACCAUCAAAAACCUGCUGCCCUACAAGAACAUCCACGUCAAGCUCAUCCUCUCCAACCCCGAGGGUCGCAAGGAGGGCAAGGAGGUGAUAUUCCAGACGGAUGAGGAUGUGCCCGGCGGCAUCGCCUCGGAGUCCCUCACCUUCACCCCGCUGGAGGACAUGAUCUUUCUGAAGUGGGAGGAACCAGUGGAGCCCAAUGGCCUCAUCACACAGUACGAGAUCAGCUACCAGAGCAUCGAGUCCUCCGACCCGGCGGUGAACGUCCCCGGCCCGCGCCGCACCGUCUCCAAGCUCCGCAAUGAGACCUACCACGUCUUCUCCAACCUCCACCCCGGCACCACCUACCUCUUCUCAGUGCGGGCCCGCACCGGCAAGGGCUUUGGCCAGACAGCGCUCACCGAGAUCACCACCAACAUCUCUGCUCCCACCUUCGACUACGGGGACAUGCCAUCACCACUGAGCGAGUCGGAGAGCACCAUCACGGUGCUGCUGCGGCCGGCGCAGGGCAGGGGGGCUCCCAUCAGCACCUACCAGGUCAUUGUGGAAGAAGAGCGGCCCAAGAAGCUCAAGCGGGAGCUGGGUGGGCAGGAAUGCUUCCCAGUGCCGCUCACCUUCGAUGAUGCCAUGUCCCGUGGCUCCGUGCACUACUUUGGGGCUGAGCUGCCCGCCAGCAGCCUCACUGAAGCCAAACCCUUCACUGUGGGAGACAACCAAACCUACAGUGGCUACUGGAACCCACCGCUGGAGCCCAAGAAGGCUUAUCUCAUCUACUUCCAAGCCAUGAGCAACCUCAAAGGGGAAACCCGGCUGAACUGUGUCCGGAUUGCUCGCAAAGCUGCCUGCAAAGAGAGCAAGCGUCCCCUCGAGGUGUCGCAGCACUCGGAGGAGAUGGGCCUCAUCCUGGGGAUCUGUGCUGGAGGGCUCAUCGUCCUCAUUAUCCUCCUGGGAGCCAUCAUCGUCGUCAUUCGGAAAGGGAGGAACUACUAUUCUUAUUCCUAUUACCCAAAACCCGUCAACAUGACCAAAGCCACCAUUAACUACCGCCACGAGAAGACACACAUGAUGAGUGCCAUUGACAGGAGCUUCACUGACCAGAGCACGCUGCAGGAGGACGAGCGCCUGGGGCUCUCCUUCAUGGACACCCACAACUACAGCAACCGAGGUGACCAGCGCAGCAGCGUGGUCAAUGAGUCCAGCAGCCUGCUGGGGGGCUCCCCCCGCCGCCAGUGCGGCCGCAAAGGGUCCCCGUAUCACACCGGGCAGCUCCAUCCCGCCGUGCGGGUGGCGGAUCUCCUCCAGCAUAUCAACCAGAUGAAGACGGCAGAAGGCUACGGCUUCAAGCAGGAGUAUGAGAGCUUCUUUGAAGGUUGGGAUGCUUCGAAGAAGAAAGACAAGACCAAAGGAAGACAGGAUCAUGUGUCGACAUAUGACCGUCACCGGGUGAAGCUGCACCCGCUGCUGGGUGAUCCCAACUCUGACUACAUCAAUGCCAACUACAUCGAUAUUCGGAUUAACCGAGAAGGCUACCACAGGUCCAACCACUUCAUAGCCACACAAGGCCCCAAGCAGGAGAUGGUGUACGACUUCUGGCGCAUGGUGUGGCAGGAGCACUGUUCCAGCAUCGUGAUGAUAACCAAGCUGGUGGAGGUGGGCCGGGUGAAAUGCUCCAAAUACUGGCCGGAUGACUCCGAGAUGUACGGGGACAUCAAGAUCACGCUGGUGAAGUCGGAGACGUUGGCUGAGUACGCCGUCCGCACCUUUGCUCUCGAGAGGCGGGGCUACUCAGCCAGGCACGAGGUGAGGCAGUUCCACUUCACAUCAUGGCCUGAGCACGGUGUCCCCUACCACGCCACGGGGCUGCUGGCCUUCAUCCGCAGGGUGAAGGCAUCCACGCCGCCUGAUGCGGGCCCCAUCGUCAUCCACUGCAGUGCUGGCACAGGGAGAACUGGCUGCUACAUUGUCCUGGAUGUUAUGUUGGACAUGGCCGAGUGUGAGGGUGUUGUGGACAUCUACAACUGUGUGAAGACCUUGUGCUCACGGAGGAUCAACAUGAUACAGACGGAGGAGCAGUACAUCUUCAUUCACGACGCCAUCCUAGAAGCCUGCUUGUGCGGGGAGACCAGCAUCCCUGCCAGCGAGUUCAAACCCACCUACAAGGAAAUGGUGAGGAUAGAGCCUCAGAGCAACUCCUCACAGCUAAGGGAGGAGUUUCAGACCCUGAACUCAGUGACUCCCCAUCUGGAUGUGGAGGAGUGCAGCAUCGCCCUCCUGCCCCGCAACCGGGAGAGGAACCGCAGCAUGGAUGUCCUGCCGCCCGACCGAUGCCUUCCCUUCCUCAUCUCCGUGGAUGGAGACAGCAACAACUACAUCAACGCGGCCUUAACUGAUAGCUACACCAAGAGCGCUGCCUUCAUCGUCACCCUGCACCCGCUGCAGAACACCACCACCGACUUCUGGCGGCUGGUGUACGACUACGGCUGCACCUCCAUCGUCAUGCUCAACCAGCUCAACCAGUCCAACUCCGCCUGGCCUUGUUUGCAGUACUGGCCUGAGCCAGGGCUCCAGCAGUACGGCCCGAUGGAGGUGGAGUAUGUCUCUGGAGCAGCAGAUGAGGACAUCGUGUCCCGUCUCUUCCGAGUCCAGAACAUCACACGGUUGCAGGAGGGGCACCUGAUGGUCCGGCAUUUCCAGUACCUGCGGUGGUCGGCGUAUCGAGACACCCCAGACUCCAAGAAGUCCUUCCUGCACCUCCUGGCCCAAGUGGAGAGGUGGCAGAAGGAAAGCGGCGAUGGCAGGACUGUGGUGCACUGCCUGAACGGAGGUGGCCGGAGCGGCACCUUCUGUGCCUCCACCAUGAUCCUGGAGAUGAUCAAGUGUCACAACAUGGCAGAUGUUUUCUAUGCUGCAAAGACCCUCCGCAACUACAAGCCAAAUAUGGUAGAGACCUUGGAGCAGUAUCAUUUCUGCUACGAUAUAGCACUGGAAUAUCUGGAGUCCCUGGAGACUAGAUAGCACCUUGCCAGGAGAGGGGCGGCAAGGGCUUGCGCAGGGGUUGUGCCACCGCGCGGUUCGCGCUUGGACGUUGUGUUAGUGCUGAAGGUGAGGAGGAAACAGCAAAGGACCCAACGAGAAAACCCAGCAGAUCAAGGAUAACGAAAGGAUGUGGGGACGUGUCGGCUGCUCCCCAUCUUCAUCCUCCGCUCCCCAUCUUUCCUUCCCACCCUGAGCGUGUCUGAGUGGCCGCAGGUCAGAUGCCACGACUCGUCCUGUCCCUGCAUCGCUUUGAAUCAUGGUCAUGGUAUGUGCAGGAUGCGGCCCUGUGGUGCUGCCUGGGCAUCUCCAAAGCAGCUGGAGAGAAGGCCAGGGAGGGCAGGAGGAGCCGAGGCCGUUUCCCAGCAGGAAGGAUGGAUUAUUGGAGAAGAGAUGUUGCUGUUUGAAUUGUGCGUGGAAUCAAAGCUGCUCUUCUGAGGAGUCCAGAUGGUUGCUGGCACGUUUUGCCCUUGGUGGGGACAUACUCUGAGCUGGAGCAAAGACCCUGAGAGGAGCCCGUUUUCUGCCUGUUCUCACCAGGAGUUUGAUCUUCACAUUGUUUAGUUCUGUGAGUUGUCACCCUUUGUGUAUCCAGCCCUGGACAGAGCCGGGAUGAGGGACGAGAGGUGGGUGUCAGGGAGUGCCAAGUCCCCCUUGCAGGGACUGACCCAGACCCCUCCUGGUGCCUUUGCAAAGCUUUUCAAAUGCUGGUUCUUCUGCAUCUCCAAACCAUCUUCUCCAUCUGUAGCAAUUGAUUCCUCCCCGGCUGACACAAAGGUACCAGCCCAUGGGUCCGUUUCUAACGCUUCCCUUGUGAAUCGCUGCAUAUGAUGCAUCUUUGGUGCCUGGAAACGAAGCCCUCAGAAUGUGGGUCCAUCCUGGAUGCUGCUCUCAGGCAGUUGUCCAUCGAUGCUGCUUGGCUUUUCUUGGCUUUUCUGGGGCUGGUGAAGUGGGAUGGUUGGUUUUGGUGAUGCUGUUGGCAUGGGGUGAGCUGUGCUGAAGCCUUGAGUCAUGGCAGAGCUUUGGGGAUGGGCAUGAGGAGGUCCCCACACCCCUGGUGCCACCCAGGGACAAGUGUAUGGGGCUGGUGAUUGAAGGUACCUGAUUCUUUUUUGGCUUCAUCUUGCUGCAGGCAGGUGUGAGAUGUCACCUUUUUGGUCUGAUAUUGUGGUAAUUACAGGGGUUUCUGCUUAGCCUGCUUGUAAUAAAGCUGUGGUCAGGGUUUUCUCUCCCUGCAAAUGGCCUCAAGAAGAUGUAACCACAAGGAUGCAGGUCUGGGGUCUAGAGGAGAGGGGAGGAACUGAGGGGAGGCUGCUUCUGUCUUGAGGGCCAGGCAGAACCUUUCACUUUGGGGUCAUUUUUUGGAGGGAUGGAGCAGAACAAAUGAGAAACUGCCCUCCAUCUGCUGGAAGUUGCAGAUGGGCAGCCCCAUCCUUCAUUCCCCCCAUCCCCGAUGUUCCCUCAUCCUCCAGCCCCAUCUCCCCAGGGCAGGGGCAGCUUCCCCAUCCUGCCUGCCUGGCGCCUGGGGAUCCCUCUCCCUGGGGAAUUACAUUCAGAUCCAUUCCAUAACUGAAAGACAUGGAUUCUGUCUUUGGACCGAACCACAGCACCAAGGCUGCAGAGCCCUGGAUGAGCAAACCCAGGAGGAAAUUCCAUCCACCUUCCCAGGUUGGAGGAGAGCAACAGGAUAAAUCUCUGUCCUCUCUCCACCUUAGGGGAUGUCCUACCCACUGCCCUGCAGACACCCAGGGCUGGUGAUGGGCAUUUCAACAGCAGUGGGAAGUUUGGCCCAGGCACUUGGAUUUCUUGCUGAAUAAUUCACAUAGCCUGUCAAUAACUUAUUCCAAGGGCUAUGCAAUAUUAUUCCCCUUCUUUCCAUCCCUGCUGUCUAACCUUGCCAUGUGCCCAUGCUGCCUCCUGACCAAAUAGUCUUUUGACCCCACCAGAGCCUGCAAAAUGGUCCCAUUACACCAGGACCUGGUAACACUGGUACUUGCAUCACAAGCCUUCACUUGGAAUAAAUCAGUCCAAUCCACACCUUGUUUUCCCAAUCCCCACCUCUCUGUGGCUGUGUCUGUGCUGUCCUAGGGUGCUGCACGGUGGGUGCAGAGAGGUCCCAGGGUGCAGAAAUUGGUUGGUUUUGUAUGAAAAUGGAUGGGUUGAGCCUCUGAAAUUCCUGGGGAUGGGAUAAUGUUGGCACCGUUCAGCCCCGGAGCCUGGAGGGGGGCUGGAGGGAUGCUCCUGCUUCAUCCCAGACCUUCCAGGAGCAUGGGUUACCUGCAUCCUUCACAGGGAUGGAGCAUCCUGCAGUCCUUCACAGGUUAAAUGUUGCCAGCAAGAAGGCAAAUUGAAACCCCAUUUAGUCCUAAAGAGACAACAGAGACUGGAGAAGUUGUAUAUAUGUUUUAAAAGGGAGAUGAUUAUUUUUGUUUUAAUUCUUUUUAAAUCUCCUUGCUGGAUGUCUCUGGGUUUUUAGGGCAUCUCUUCCAAAAGGCAGCCUUUGAAACCCAAGUGCUAUACAAACCACCGUGUUCUCCAACUCCUACUGAGCUGCUCAUCUGACAAUGAGGCAAGGACAUCCUGUACAUAGAAAUAUAUAUAUAGAAAUAUAUAUAUAAACCUAUAAAUACUGUUCUUAAGAUGGAUGAUGGUUAUUGGUAUUACAGAUUGGAGUGGUGCUUUUUUAAUAAUAAAAAUAAAACCAUAAAAAAAAGAGGAAAACAUUAAAAUGCAGGGGAAAAAAAAAAAAAAGAAACCCAAACCAACAAAUUGGAGCAAUUUUGUCUAUAUGCAGCAAAAGUGACCCUGAAAGUUGGCAGCAUCCAACCAUGGGACUAGUACCAUGAGGCGGCUCCACCGCGGAGGAGGAUGGUGCAGUGGGAUGGAGGGAGGGAUGGUGAAGGAGGGACACUGAUGUGGAUUGUACCACGCACAUCCAGCUGUUGUGAACUGGUUUGUUUGUUUUUUUUUUAUGAUGAUUGAUUAUUUUUGGCUUUCUUUUAAGGAAAUCAGUUGCAUAAAUAAAUGUUCCAAAUUUG